AUGCCUGCUGCUAUAGCUAUGGCUGGAGCCAAAAUAUCACCAGUGCUAGCAGCAUCUGCGAAACCCCCUUCUUCAUCGUCGUCAUCCAUACACUCGACCGGUACCUCAGUAUCCACCAUCAGUAUUCCAGUGAGCGCUUUUCACGACCCUGCCAGCAACGUCAUCACCAUCACACCGUACAUCUUCGUGAAGACAGCAACAGUCGCUGAGCAGAUGCAGGCUUUACGUCAAGACAAGAAAAUUGGCAAACCCCUGGAUCAGCCAUCGGGAGCUCUGAGAGUUAAGCGUCGCACAGAUCUGAGUAAGCUUGGUCUUCCAGAUGCUAAACCAGCUUCUGUGUCCAGACGCAACGCCAGAGAGAGAAACAGGGUAAAGCAAGUGAACUUGGGCUUUGAGACCCUAAGAGAGCAUGUUCCCAAUGGCAAAAAGAACAAGAAGAUGUCUAAGGUUCAGACUCUAAGAUCAGCAGCUCAGUACAUCAAGGAUUUAUAUAUGAUUCUUCACGGAGAGCUGCCAGCUCUCGGUUCUCCAACCGUCAUAGAUGAGAAUGAGCCUGACAGCCCUAUUGAGAACAGUGCCUAUUCUGUGAGUGAUACAGACAACGAUGCCAGUUUGGGCAGCCCCGAACCAAAGUUCCAGCAGUUUCCGUCGUCUCAACAUUGCCAACAGCUGGAACAGCUUGCUGCUAUGGACACAGAUGCUAUCCCAACAUCUCCCGUCUCAUCAGUUUUCGCCCAAAAUAUCAUACUGUCGUCGUUACCUCAACAUCACCAGCAGCAACAUAAGCAGGCAGGACAACUUCAGAGUCAAAACCAGCCAGCAGUCGUUGUGAAAACAGAAUAUGUGUCUGUACUUCAGCAGCAACUCAGCCGAGGACAAAUCCCACUACAUGAUGAGGUCGCUAAACAGAUUAAACAACAGCAACAAGCGCCUCAUCAGCAGCGUCAAGAGCAACAGCUGCAACAGGUACAGCAGCAACACACACAACGCGACCAGCAACAGCAGCUGCAACAACAGCAGGAACAGUUGGUAGCUUUCAGUCCCUCGGCAUUACGCCGGGACCCACUAACAUGCACAACAGCUCUGGGAUUCGCUAAUGCCAGCACAAUUAGGGACACUGCCGCGUCUGCUCUGAGAUUCACCGAACUCUCACCAAUUUCUAUGGACGAUGAGCAGUGCGACAAUUAUAUGGAGGUGUCGCCUGAGCAAAUGAUGGUCAAUGCUCAGGACGAUUCCAGCAGCACCACCAACACAAACAAGAUAGGCGACAGCAAUCAGACAGACAUUCCAGCCUCGCCCUCAUUGCUACGGUCAUAUAUGAGCGAUGUUAACAUGAACAUUAUCAGCACCAAUAUCAUCGGCUCACAUCAGAACGACUUUGUGGCUCUACAGCAUUAUUACAAGUCUGUUCGUAACGAGCAUUUCAAAAAUGCGGACUCAUUGUUUCCAUUCCAAACUGCGGAGAAAAAUAAUAUAAUAAACACAUUCCUGAUUGGACAAAACUCCAAUGUUGUUCACUCGCCGGCACCAAGUUUGAGCAGCACGGCUUCAUCGAUCAGCUCUGAGAAUGAUAUUUGCGCCAGCGGCCACUACGACUACGAUAACUUGGACGGGGAAGCGCUACUCGAUAUCUCUAACUGGAUCAGUGAGAUUUGUAGUCAAGGAAUGCACUUAAAUGGUGAGUUGAUAACUUUUGUUUUAGUUGUUACUAUAUGUUCUGUGUUGGCUCCAUGUAGACAUGGACUGCUGUUGAACACGGCCACUUGA